AUGGCUCCUUCCGCACCUGCGACAGCCAGCAACUCGCCGGCUAAGAAGGCAUCAGCCCCCGAGAAGAAAUACAAGUGCCAAUUUUGCAAUCGCGCAUUCAGCAGAAGCGAACAUCGCAGUCGCCAUGAGCGCUCUCACACAAAAGAAAGACCCUUCAAGUGCUUAAAAUGUCGCAGUACCUUCGUUCGUCGUGAUCUUCUUCUGCGCCAUGACAGAACCGUUCACGCCAAGGACGGCGGAAUUCCUCUGGUCGCAGAGGGACGUAGACGUGGUGGAGGGGUCCAGAAAAACUCGUCUGCCCCAGCUAAGCCGUCAGUCACCAUUGACCCGACGACGCUGGAGCAGAUCGAAGCAAGCAGCGAUGGUAUGGUCGACCUUGAAACUGCAGCCAUGUUGAUGACAGAUUUCCAACAUAAGGCUGCAGCAGCGGCGACCGGCCAGACAUCCGAGCGCUCCGAAUCGCUUUCCCCCGGACGCGGCUCUUUCGAGCCAUACCUCUCCGGCAACGCCACCCUACCCCAGAUGCCUUGGGACACGCUUGUCUCCGAACCCGGAUCGAUGCCCACCCUCGUCGAUCGCCAUGGCCCCGUUGGAGACGUUCUUAUGUCGAACUCGCUUCCCAUGUCUGGCAACUCUACCCCGAAUGCUCUGUCGCCGUACCCUUCCAUGACUGGCCCCGUUAGCCCCGUCAACUACCGUCGCUCACCCGGACCCAGCCAAGCAUUGACUCUUGCCAGGGCGCCUCAAAUUGCUAACGAGAUGGAACGGAACUAUAUUGUGGACCGUGUUCAGGGCUCGGACACCCUUGCUUCCCCCACUCUUGCGUUGAACCGGUAUUUGUCCACCUACUUCAACCUGUACCACCCUCACUUGCCUUUCCUCCACCAGGAAUCGUUCAAGCCGUCUCAAAUCUCAGCACCCCUCUUGCUCGCAGUUUUGUCCAUUGGUGCACUUUACACCUUUGAGCGCGAGCAUGCCUUCAUGCUGCAUGUCGGUUCCAAGGUCCUGGUCAACCAAUUUUUGCAACAUAAGGAUAACUUUGAUUCCCGCAAGUGCCCUCUCUGGUUGAUGCAAGCUACUCUAUUGAACAUGGUAUUUGAGAGUUGGAGUGGCGACCCCAAGGGCCUUGAAUGGACCUGCUCAAUCAAGAGUCUCUUGGCCAACAUGGUUGCUGGUAACCGAUACCAGCUGAAGGCGCGCACUCAGGCUCGCCAGAAUGUACAGCCCACCCGUGAAGAGUGGAUCGAGGAUGAAUCUUGCCGUCGUACAUAUUUCGCCGUGUACAUCUUCUUCGGCAUGUUGACACUCACAUUCAACCACACUCCUGCCCUGAGCUUCGACGAAUUUGACGACUUGGAGCUCCCAUCAUCCGAGUCUUUGUGGAACUUGGAUGCCGCCGAUGAUGAGACUUGGCGCCGCGGCAUGGCCACCAGCGCUCUCACUGUCCGUGAGGCUCACGACUUCUUAUUCCAGGGUGAGCAGACCCGCUACAGUGCUUUCGCCACCCGCGUUCUCAUCAACGCCCUGUUCUUGCAAGUCUGGAACCACAAGCGCAGCUUCGAGGCGCUGCAAGACGUGGUCACUGAGUACAAGCUGCGCUUAGCUCUCGAGACCUGGGAGAAUUCCCUCGAAGUGUGCGAGCCGGAAACUAUUGUGGUACCGCUCAGCACUCCCCAGAAGGGUCACCCCUUGAUCUUCAACUCGAUGGCCGUCUAUCGCAACACCCGCGCCCGCCUGGAAGUUGACCUGAAGUCCAUCCAGGAGGCCAUGCGGUACCACUCCUCCUACGAGGUGGCUGCUGCCAUGACUGUCGCUCGUGAGAAGGUCAAGCGUUCGCAGGAAAUGAACAAGGUGAUUCAACAAUGCUUUGAGUGCAUUGAGAUUGCCGCUAUUCAGGGCAUCAACUGGGUUGCCAAGACCUCUGCCACCAACUGGAGUGUGGAGCACCCUCUUUGCGGCCUAGACCUGAUGGUCAUCCUGAGCCUCUGGCUCUACCGCCUGGAACAUGACGAUGAGCCCGCGACUGAGGCCGAGAUGGCCCUCUACAACAAGGUUCGCAAUUUGUUUGACGACGAUGCCAUCGACGCUUUCGGCAAACUCAGCUCCACCGUCGCCCGUGUAUGGGGUAACAUCCUAGACGGCGUGGUUGUCUGGGGAAUUACCAAGCUGAUGGGCGAAUCGUUCAAGCUUCACUCUCAGGCCCUUGUCGGCUACGAAGAUUCUCUCCGUAUCGGCAAGGAUCAGCCUAUCCAUGCUGUGCCAACCAAGUCGCUCGCUAGCGUCGGCACUGCAUACUAA